UGACAGCUUCAAUGCUUACGGCGUAUGUAGCAACCUAUACAGUUAGUAUAGGUAUUCUAUUCAGCCAAGUAUAAAAGAUAAUUACACAUUAAACCCUUUCAACCUACCUAAUUAAUACAACCUCAUACCCAGUGCCCAACUCCGGCAGGGCUGCUCCAAAUUUUACAUACUCAAAUGUCAACGGCAACACAGAUAGGCCCGAUACGAAGAGCCUGGUAUCAAUGGAAAGCGCUACGGUUUCCAUGGCGAAAACAGUUCCUAGUUGGCCUCGACCUCCAAGGUAACACGUACUGGGAGUUCCGCCUCAGCCGGGGCGACCCCUCCGCGCCGGACUCGCGGUUCCGCCGCAUAGUCAAGUACCCGCGGGCCUCGCACCUGAGCGAUGUCGCCGUGCCGCCGCAGUGGCACCAGUGGCUGCGACACCAGCGCCAACGCGCGCCCACCAUCCAGGAGCUGAACUCGGAUGUCGCGCGCCGGGAGCGCAUGAAGGUACUCGCCGCCGACGCCGACGCUCGCUGGGAGGCCAAGCCCAGCUUCCUCGAUGCGCCUGGCAAGGAAAGGGGCCAGCCCGUGCCGCCCCUUAACACGGCCCGUACCAUGCAGCUACCGUCGCAGGAGGAGCGCGCCGCGGCGCCGGAGUCUGCGACGCGGAAUGCAGCACAGAGAGAGACGCCGCCUGGGAAAGAGGAUCCCUGGAAGCGCGCAAAGGCUACCGCUCCUGGAGAAACCUGGCAGCCUGAAGCCUGGAGUCCGACGUCGACGAAGAAGAGGUGAAAUUGUGUUGGGGUGUUUUAGAUGACCGCAGCUGGCGCAGCGCUGUGUUAUGUUAUUAUGUAUAGCAAGUGUAAAAUUAUCAUGCUCAUGCAGACAGGCUAUUCCCAUUAUGGCCGUUUAAACGGCCCUAUUAAAGACAAAAGU